UUCUUUAUUUAUUUUUUUUCAGUUUAUUUUACACUCUUUUUUAUUAUCCUUCAACUGAUGGUAGCUUCAAUCGGUUGUAAAUCUAAUGACCUGAAAUGGGUAUUAUCUAAAUCGGUUGAUGCAUAGAUUUUCACUAUAAAGUUCUUUUUUUUGGGGGGGCUAAAAAAUGCAAUUUCUUGAAUCUUUUUGUGUGAAUAAUCUUGAAUUCUGUGAUGUUCUUUAGCUGAUCAUUUUUUUUGUUUGUUUUAAUUGAACUGUUGGUAUGGGGGAUUCCUUUGCUUCUUAAUAAAGAAAUUAAGAUGACAAUAACAAUAUUCUUGUUUCUUUAUUGGGUUUAACUUUGUUUUUAGUGCUGUUCUGUGAAUGAAUCCUUUGCUCCAAAUUAGGAUAUCAAUCCUAAACUAUUUUGGAGUUGGUUAUGUGAAUUUUCUAUAUCAAGUUUGCUCCUUUUGAUAAUGUAGUCAAUAUUUUGAGAUUCAUCAUAAAUUAACUAGAUUUACAUUGACUCAAUCUACUGUAGUUAGCAGUGUGAGAUGCUAAGUUCACACAAGUGGAUUUUAAAAUAGGAAUUAAGAAAAUUCUUUUCUGUAAUUCCAUGGACAUAAUAGUGUCCAUUUUAUUUCGUGCAUACUGUUUGGUGUUUUAAAAGUAAGAUUUUUGCAAUUUUGUCGGGUGCUAGGCAGAUGGAUUAUCCCAAAGAAGCUUUUUUUUUUUUUUUAUCAAAUUUAAUCUGAUUUUUGCACGCUCAUAUAUCGGAUUUAAUCUGAAAGCUUUUUCAUUUCAUAUACUGGGGACCUCUGUAAUUCAUCCUUUCUCAUUCAUCUGAAGCUGCAAUUUUGCAAGAAUUAUGUGUCAUUCGAGGCAGACCAUCCAUGUAUAUAUACAUAUCAGUCCUUAUAUCAUAGUUGUUCUUUACCUGUACAGGUGAAAAGCAGCAAUUUUUUUUUUACAAUUUUUUUCUUAAGGUCUUGGUCACGAAGGGCAUCAACUCAUUCAGGGUUUCCUGAAGAGAUAAGGUGCCCAAUUGCAAAUUCCGUAGUUCCUAUUCUAACAAGACUUGGAGGAUUGCCAAUGAAAGGUUUUUGAGUUACGGAUAUUUGAUUGAAGAGAGCAUCAUGGGUGCACUUUGUUGCUGCUUGCGAGAUGAAUGCGAAGAUUUUGCCAAUCCAAACAGCUCAAUAUAUAGGAACUGCAUAUGCCUUCGAUCUUUGGUUCAAAACUUCUUGCACGUGUAUACAUCUUUGUUUCAUAGAGGAGAACAACAUGCCAUUACUUCAUCCCCUCGAGGUACAACAUCUUUGAGUUCUACAGCAUCCCUUGAUAACUCACUAUCUGAUAUGUACCGCUCUCCUCCGAGACCACUUCCUUACGAUGCCGAUCCCAGAUACUUUCGGUUGCAACGAGAUGGACUAGUCUCAAGAAGGGAGAAAGGCUCAAGUCACUCACAUGAGGAAACUGAACCACUACGAAGAAGUGAUAUUGAUGAUGAUGAUUCCGAAUCCCUGAGUAUGGGUAAUAAAUGGAAGGAGAAGUCUGUGUGUGAAGAAGGAUCAAAAGAAUACAAUUCCAAAUCCUUGAAACUCCCAACAGCUAAAACAACUACUGAAUUUACUCAAAUUUGUUACUCUUCAGAAGAUGAAGAUGUCUGCCCGACAUGUCUUGAAGAAUAUACAGAAGAAAACCCAAAAAUAAUGACAAAAUGCUCCCACCAUUUCCACUUGGGUUGCAUAUAUGAGUGGAUGGAGAGAAGUGACAACUGUCCAGUAUGCGGCAAGGUGAUGGUAUUCGAUGAGUCACCAUGAUCUUUGCUCUCAAAAAGCUCCAGUCUUGGAUGAAACCGGCAGGAGAUGAGGGCAAUAACUAAUAAACCAGAAAAGCUAAUGUAAAGUCAUUGUGAAUAUCCGUCCAGCUAAAUGUGUGACCAUACAUCAGUAAAAAUGAAAUUAUUAUUCAAUGUAACUCUUGUUUGGAACUUUCGAGUUCAUACUGAUCAUUGAUGCAACAGAAAGCAGUUUCAAAUCACUUCAUGUAAUCUUCUUCUGAUUUGAUGAAUGGCUUGUAUAGCAUAUUGGUCUUACUUUCAAA